CGGCCGGGGGACGGGGUGCUUGAUGGAUCCUAAACUUCCCCCCAAUCAGAAUUUUUUUGUUGUUGACCGAGCAAGAUGGCUGCAACCAGUAUUAUCCUGUUAGUCACAGUCUCACUGAUCCAGAUGUCACUGUCAGAGAGGUUUCAGGUCAUCCCCACCAAGUCCCCAGUCACCGCCAUUGUUGGAUCCAGCAUUGAGCUGAACUGCCAUCUCUUUCCCGAAAUAAAUGCCGAAAAGAUGGAGAUUCGAUGGCUACGAAACUCCUUUCGCCCCUACGUCCACCUGUAUCUGAAUGGGGAGGAUAACUACAGGGAGCAGAUGGAGGAGUUCCGAGGGAGGACAGAGUUCCUCAAGCAGAACAUCGGCAGGGGGAUUGGGGCUCUAACUAUUCACAAGGUGCAGCUGUCGGAUCAGGGCUUGUACACCUGCUAUUUCGAGUCGGAGACCAAUCACAACCAAGCACAAGUGGAACUCAAAGUAGCAGCCAUGGGCCUCCAUCCUUUCAUCUGGGUUGAAGAUUACCAUGAUGGGAAAAUAACGCUCAACUGUGAAUCCAGCGGUUGGUUCCCUAAGCCCAUGGCAAUGUGGCAGGAUGAAACUGGGACCCGGCUGGAAUCAACAGAGAAGAUAAAUGUCACUGAAGAGACAGGUCUGUUUCACGUCACCUCUGCUAUCCGUAUUGAGACCCAGGCCAAGAUCUCCUGCCAUGUUAGAAAUGACCUCCUGGAAGAUGGGAAAGAGUCUUCUAUUAAAUUUGCAGAAUCGUUUUACUGGAGAGUGGAUCGUAGCGGGAUCUCUCGCUUUGUUCUUAUGGCUUCUUGUUUGGCUGUGGCUCUUAUAGUGAUUGGGGUUACUCCUCGAGUCGUGCGUAUGUGGAGAAUACGAACACUCCAGGAUGAUAUGGGAAAACUUUCCAAUAAAGUAGACCAAGUUUGGAUCCGAGCCCAGGACGUUUGGAACCGACUGGAGAACAAACUGGACAAACUCAAUUGAGCCAGUCAAGAAAAAGAACAGUGAGCACAAGAAACCUGAUUGGUCAAUGCAGCGCCCCCUGCUGGGAAAUGGUGAAAUGAUCAUUAAUGUUCCAGGAUUCCUGCACUUACAUAUCGGGUUGCAACAUGGCAGCUCCCUGAGGAACUUGCAGUUCGGGGUUAGAAAUUACUUGCUCUGAGAAGCGCCGGAUUGUCAGAACACUUUCCAGGGACAUGAGCAACACCGGCUGUUGGGGUGUCGGUGCAGCAGAACCAGCGCCCCCACAUUCCUGGAUAAACACAACUAAUUCCCAGUUGAAUAAGUGCGUGUCAGAUCAGUGUUACAUUGUAGUACCUGGAGCCUUUGCGGAACUGAACUCCCAGAGCUGGUUCUGUUGGGUCGCUGCACUAUUUGCCGAGGCCAAGAUUGAGUUGUUUGUGCUUAUUUAGUAGAUGUGGGCCAUUUGUGUUAUAGUUUAAUUAUUAAUUGCCUUAAACUGUCAUUAAACCUGUGUGUCCGGAA